ACACCCUUCCAGUAGGUGGCAGUAAUGGUCAUCUCUGUGGACCUUCAGUACAAAAAAGAAGAAAAACGUGGUGGUUGUGUAGAUGAGGUCUGAAUAAAGCAACCGAACUGUUGCUUCAUGUAGAUUUGAUGUAGUAACGCGUUAUACUCGCUUAAAGGGAUUGUGUAAUCCACGACCCAAAUCUCACAGCUUUUACUGUUGGCAAAUGAAGGAAAAUAAGGAGAACACCACUCCUGCCAUUCACGUAACCAAUCUGGACCACAUUAAGCCAUGCUGGUACUGGGACAAGAAGGACUUGGCACACACGCCGUCCCAGUCCGAGGGACUGGACCCGGCCACGGAGGCCCGGUACCGCAGAGAGGGAGCCAGGUUCAUCUUUGACGUGGGAACUCGACUUGGGUUACAUUAUGACACCUUGGCUACGGGGAUUAUUUACUUCCACCGCUUCUACAUGUUUCACUCUUUUAAACAGUUUCCCAGAUAUGUGACCGGAGCCUGCUGUCUGUUUCUGGCCGGGAAGGUGGAGGAGACGCCCAAGAAGUGUAAAGAUAUCAUUAAAACAGCUCGCAGUCUGCUUAAUGAUGUACAGUUUGCUCAGUUUGGAGACGAUCCGAAGGAGGAAGUGAUGGUGUUGGAGAGGAUAUUACUCCAGACAAUCAAGUUUGACCUGCAGGUGGAACAUCCCUAUCAGUUUCUCCUGCGUUAUGCCAAACAGCUGAAAGGCGACAAAAAUAAAGUGCAGAAGUUGGUGCAGAUGGCCUGGACGUUUGUGAACGACAGCCUCUGCACCAUGCUGUCUCUUCAGUGGGAGCCAGAGAUCAUAGCCGUGGCGGUCAUGUACCUGGCCGGUCGUCUGUGUAAGUUCGAUAUCCAGGAGUGGACAUCCAAGCAGUCGUCCCGCCGAUGGUGGGAACAGUUUGUACAAGAUGUCCCUGUGGAGCUGUUAGAAGACAUCUGCCAUCAAAUCCUGGACCUGUACUCUCAGGGUAAGCAGCCAAUUCCACAGCAGCCGCAGCUGCAGGAGAAAGACAAGCCCCAGCCUUCUCCUACAAGUCUGAUCAGUCAACCAGGAGGAAACCCUGUAGCUCCACCACCAUCUAAGAAGAACUCUCCUCAAGCCAGUCCGCCUCGGCAGCUGAAACGGCAACACCCUUCUCCAAAAGAAGAGCCUAAAGUUCCCACAGAACAAGUCGGUUCUAAAAUACCGAGACUGGAGAGCCCGAUGCCUCCGCUACCAGUUACCCAGCCUCUUGAUCGCAAACCACCACCCUCAGCCCCCGCCCCGCCCACAGAAGCAGAACCUGCAGCCUCCGCUGAUUCAGACUUACCAAAGGCCCCACCUCCACCCCAUGGAGCUCCGCCCCCUCUGCCUCACCGCCCGCCUCCCCCGCCACCCUCCAGCUACAUAAUGGGCAUGUCUACCACCAGCUCCUACAUGUCCAGUGAGGGCUAUCAGAGCCUGCAGUCCAUGAUGAAAACAGACGCACCAUCCUACCCACAUUUGCCACCGUCUUAUGGGAUGCCUUACCAUCCACAUGUUUACCCACCUCCCAGUGCUCCUCCACCAGGCCCACCACCACCUCCACCUGCAACUUACCCUCCUCCUAACCUUCCUCCACCCACUCCAGCCUACCCACCUCCGGGCUACAACCACAGCUACCCUCCACCUCCUCCACCGCGCAUGCCACCCCCAGGUAUGGCUCUCCCUGCAGGAUAUCCGCCUCCACCAGUCCCUCCGGGGCAGCCGCAAGUGCCCAUGCCACCUGUCAUGCCACCAGUGGCAAGCAUGAACCGUGGAGCCUGGAUGAGAUGAAAAAAAAAAAACAUGUUUCAUAGGCAGUAUGGGUAACUGGGCGUGUCUUUAGAGUGGUCUAUUUCUGGAUGUUGUCUCAGGAAGAUCUGUCAUCACUUUCCCAUUUAAAGUCUCUGCAUGGUCACGUUUCCUCAUGACUUUAUCAAGCUUUUUAAUAGCCAUUUAUCAAUUUUUACCGUCAUAAGUCUAGAAGAUUCUAUAACAGUGUGUCCCUGCCAUGCCCCCUGGGACAGGCUCACAAUUAUAUAUCAUAGAUGAAUAAGGAAUAGUCCAUAAAAUCGAUAUUAGGUUAGCAUUAAAGGCUAGCUUCAGCAGUCCACCCGAGUGCAUCGUACGUGUGCUCAGUGGACCUGAGGGGCGUGGCUCCGGCUCUGACUACUGAGACUCAUUCUGAGAGCAUCAGACCUGACCUGUGAUUAUUUCUUUAAAGAAAUCCUACAUCAUUCCAUACAUACAACCCAUUCAACCUAGCUUUGGACCAUUUCAGACACCCUUACUGCGAUGAGCUGCAGUCCUACGUGACCAACUCUUAGACGCCGCCGCAGAACCGUCGAGCGUCGACUUUUCAUGACUAGAUCUUAACUAGAAGUCUUGUAGCUGAUAAGUCUGCAGUGCGUAUAUUAAAUACAGCAGCUUUGGGAUUUAUUUGGUGUAAUAAAAGUCUUUUUUUUUUUCUCCACAAUUUCUUUCUUUCUUGUUUAUUAGUU